AAAAUUUAGCGUUACGUUGUGCCACAAACAAAAGACCAACAAUCCUCAAGAAGGGAAGUGCCCAUUAUUCUCGGAACUUCGUAUGGUACUGGAGCAAACUGAAACUUCUGAAGUGCAGUUAUUUGCUUUGUCCUUCGGGUCACUUUGCGGUAUCUAAGCUUUGUUAUUAACCGCAACAAUAAAAAACAUUUGACCUAACUCUUGCUGUACAAUGUUGUGGUGGCCUAAGUCUGUUAUGCUGGCGGUCCAGAAAGUGUCCUGUGAUAUGGAAAGGUGUUACUAAUAUUGGAUUUGGUAUAUGAAUGGUAAAGAAACAAAAACCUGUUAGAGAAACUGUUCAUUAAAAAACAAUAUUCCUGGAUGAUUUGUGUCAAAAAUUGUUUAGCUACCUCGAAUUUUAAAGACCUCGAAGGCGUGGCCUGGGGUUUCAAAAAGGUUGUAUCAAAAGGAAUAUGUCAACUUCAAGAAGUUGGUACGAGAUGAAGGAUGUGAGAAAAAGGCUUACAGCAACUUUAGGGCUUGGUGCAGAUAACUAUGGCACUCUCCCUGAUGAAACAGAUGCAGAAAAACCAGAAAGAAUAAUCAUAAUCAAUGCAACCCAGGAACAACAAUUCUGUCGAAAUAAGAUAAGCACUGCUAAGUACAAUUUGGUGACGUUCUUUCCAAAGUUUUUACUCGAGCAGUUUAGCCGAUAUUCAAAUGUCUUCUUUCUUCUGAUUGCACUUCUGCAGCAAAUUCCAAACGUGUCUCCGACUGGACGUUACACCACUGCAGUACCUCUCCUUUUUGUACUUAGUUGUUCUGCUAUCAAAGAAAUUAUUGAAGAUAUUAAACGACAUAGAGCUGACGACAUAACAAACAGGCAACUUGUUCAGGUUGUACGAAACGGGAAAACACAAAAUAUACGCUGGAGAGAUGUCCAAGUUGGUGACAUUGUCAAAGUUCUUAAUGGCAAUUUCUUCCCAGCUGAUUUGCUGCUACUAUCUUCAAGUGAACCAAUGGGAAUGUGCUACAUCGAAACAGCGAACCUGGAUGGAGAAACAAACCUCAAAAUUCGACAGGGUCUGCCAGCCACUGCCUACUACACGACUUUAAGCUCUAUGUUGUCUUUGCUGGGUAAAGUUGAGUGUGAAGGACCAAACAAUCGACUUUAUGAUUUUGUCGGUAACAUUACCCUGCAGGGCCAGAGGGCAGUGCCCAUCAGUGGCGAGCAAAUUCUGUUAAGAGGAGCACAGCUCAGAAACACACAGUGGAUAUUCGGUCUGGUGAUUUACACUGGUCACGAAUCAAAACUACUCCAGAAUGCCACUGCCGCACCGAUUAAGCGGUCCAAUGUUGAUCAUACCACCAACGUGCAGAUUCUUUUUCUCUUUGCGAUGCUCAUUGCUCUUGGGCUGUUCACGUCAAUUGGAAAUGAAAUCUGGACAAGUAAACACCGAAAAACUGAUUGGUAUCUUGGCUUCGAGGGAUUAAAACCACAAAAUUUUGGUCUUACAUUCUUGACAUUUGGCAUUCUCUUCAACAAUCUCAUCCCAAUUAGUUUGCCAGUUACAUUAGAGGUUGUGAAAUUUAUCCAAGCAAUGUUUAUCAACAUGGACGAAGACAUGUACUACGAAGAAACAGAUACACCGGCCAUGGCAAGGACUUCAAAUCUCAACGAGGAGCUAGGACAGGUUAAAUACAUAUUCUCUGACAAAACUGGAACGUUAACAAGAAAUAUUAUGGAAUUUCGAAAAUGUACGAUUGCUGGCUUAGCGUAUGGGGGAGAUGGUGAGAAGUUCAACGAUGCAAGAUUGCUGGACAAUCUUCAAAGUCAUUCGUCUGGCUCAGUGAUCAGAGAAUUCUUGACCUUAUUAGCUGUAUGUCACACAGUGAUUCCCGAAAGAGAUCAAACAGAUGGUGAAAACAUCAUAUAUCAAGCUGCUUCCCCCGAUGAAGGUGCACUUGUUAAAGGCGCUAAACAACUGGGGUUUUCCUUCAGUGUCAGAACUCCAACCUCCGUCAUAAUCAACGUGCUUGGCCAAGAAGAGGUUUAUGAAAUUUUGAAUGUAUUAGAAUUCAACAGUACACGCAAAAGAAUGUCUGUGAUAGUGCGGACUCCAACGGGUCAAAUUAAACUGUACUGUAAAGGAGCGGACAAUGUCAUUUACGAUCGACUAGGCAGUGAGCAGAUAUGUGACAAAGCGACGUUGCAACACAUGGAAGAUUUUGCUAGAGAAGGUCUUCGAACACUGUGCAUAGCAAUGACUGAGCUUAGCGAAAGCGAGUACGAGGAAUGGAACAAAGAAUUCUACAAAGCAAGCACUGCCUUUGAUGAGAGAGAUGCAAAAGUUGAUGAAGCUAGUGAGAAUAUUGAGAAGAACUUGUUCUUACUCGGUGCAACUGCAAUAGAAGACAAACUACAGGAAGGUGUUCCUGACAGUAUUGCUACCUUGUCAGCAGCUAACAUUAAAAUCUGGGUUCUUACUGGAGACAAACAAGAGACAGCCAUUAAUAUAGGAUUUUCAUGCAAGCUGUUGACAGACCAACUUGAUAUCCUGAUUUGUGAAGGAAACAAUUUAACGGAAGUUAAAGACUGGCUCAACGAUCGCCUACAAGACCAUGGUAUUACACGAUUCCAACCUAAGAAAAAGAAGCAGAAGAGAAUUGUGAAAGAAACAAAGGAGUUGGCACUUAUAGUCACUGGACAGGUUCUUCACCAUGCUUUGAAGGCAGAGUGUAGAGAUUUCUUUUUAGAUCUUGCAUUGGUUUGCAGAGCUGUCAUAUGCUGCAGAGUCUCCCCUUUGCAAAAAUCCCAAGUUGUGAAUUUAGUCAAACAAAACGUUGAAGAUGCAAUCACCCUUGCUAUUGGCGAUGGUGCCAAUGACGUCAGCAUGAUCCAGGCUGCACACGUAGGUGUUGGCAUUAGCGGCCAAGAGGGAUUGCAAGCGGCCAGUGCUUCUGAUUACGCUAUUGCUCAGUUCCGAUUUUUGAACAAGCUACUACUGGUCCAUGGCGCACUGAGUUACCAGAGACUAGCAAAAUUGAUCAUGUAUUCAUUUUACAAGAAUAUAUGUCUUUAUGUUAUUGAGUUAUGGUUUGCGUUCGAUAACGGCUUUUCAGGACAGAUUCUUUUCGACAAAUGGUGUAUUGGUUUAUACAAUGUGUUGUUCACGGCCUUACCUCCAUUAGCAAUUGGAUUAUUUGAUAGAACGUGCUCAAUAAAAGCAAGGCUGCAUUGUCCCAGACUCUACAAAAACUCGCAAAAUGCUGAUUUAUUUAAUACUAAGGUAUUCUGGAUAUGGAUCGGUGCUGCAAUUUAUCACUCCAUUAUUCUGUACUAUUUGCCAAGAGAGGCUUUCAAACAAGAUAUCGCCUUCCAAGAUGGCACGGUGGUUGGUCAAUGGUUUUUUGGCUGCGUUGUUUACACCUGUGUGGUGAUCACUGUUUGUCUGAAGGCUGGUUUAGAAUUGCACGCGUGGACCUGGCUUUCACACUUGUCGAUUUGGGGAAGUAUUAUUUGCUGGUUUGUCUUUCUCGCAAUUUACUGUUCCCCAUUUCUUUCGAUGAAACUGGCGCCAAAUAUGUUUGGACUGCACAUAAUGUUGUAUUCUUCAUCGCUAUUUUGGCUCAACAUGAUCAUCAUACCAGUCAUAGCCCUGUUCGUCGAUUUCCUGUUCCACGUAUGCCAAAGAACGUUCUUUAAGAACUCAAGACAAUACGUGCAGGAAUUAGAGAUUGUCAAAAAGCUUAAACCUGAAGAAUGGUCUAUUAGUGGAAGUGGCCUUCCAAUAAAAAGAGACUUGCCACAAAUUGGAAGAAAGCCUACAAUAUCCAGAACAGAUCGUGGGUAUGCUUUCUCGCAAGAAGAAGGAGCAAUGGUUGGCCAGGGUGAGCUAAUACGUCUGUACGACACCAACCUGAACAAACCCAGUGGUAACUGAAAGGACCGACUGCUUGGUAACUUCAGACCUCGGUUCUGCUUUGGUUGGAUCUGUAUGUGUCUGCCUCUUAUAUACUUACUGUUUUGUGAACAAUAAAUUUUAGCAAGUUCGCCUGUUUAUAUAAAAUUAACGUGGCUACAUUGUUUAAGCUGUAAAUUUAAGUUUGUUCUUUGGGCUACAAUUGAAAUUCAUAAUUCUCAUAGGUUUAUGUGUAACCCUCUUUGUUGUAUGUUGGGAUUUUCAUAUAUGUAAAAUUUAUUCCCUGCAUCUUAGUAUCCAUAGUUUUCGUCACCCUUUCAUGGCAAGCUGAAUUCAACUUUAGACUGGUUAUUCUUGCUGCAAUAGGCUGCUAUGGGCCUAUCCCUUCAUCUCGUUAUAUAAAAUAAAACAACGUUUUAAAGCAGGGUGUGUUAUGAGUUCUACAUUGAAGGAUAUAACUAAGGUUUACAGAGGUGCUUAUAAAUAACAUGAUUGAUUUAGAGGGAAUUCUUGAUACUUUCAUAAAACAUUGUUUAAACAUUUGUUGAUAGAUCAAUGUAUUAAUUCAAUGUUUGCAUUAUAUGGAUUUGAUUGUAAAGUUUUA